AUGGCCCUAGGUCUAGAGGCAUGUCCGUCCUCUAUUGGCAUGGUUAUUCUGCUUUACUGGGCUCGAAAACAAAUGGAAAAAUAUUCAUGUGAUUCAGAAGCAGCAUCAGCGCGGAAGCAAUCCGUGUUUAGUGUUGAGAUGGGAUGCAGUGUAGCAACUCGGACCACCACGCACAUCCUACUGCUACAUCUCGGCGUCAUCAACCUCCUGAUUGCAGGCGUCUUCCUGGUCGGCCUCUUCCCCUCGCUCCUGCAGGACGAGUGGCUGGCGGGCGGCAGCUGCGCGGCGAUCGGCAGCGCCUGGUUCACGCUUCACGUGGCGGCGCUGUGGACGCUCACGGCGCUCAACGUGGACAAGUAUGUCGCCAUCGCGUCGCCGCUGCACUACGCCCGGUUCGUGUCCCCGGGGCGCGUGGGCGCGGCGCUCUCUCUGUCGUGGGCGCUGUCUGCCGUCUUGUGCGCCCUGCCGCUGGUGACGCCGGGGCUGCGCAGCACGCAGCGCGCGCCCGGCUGCUGCCUCCCCGACGUGGCCGCCGCCACGCCGCUGGUCGGGCGAAGCUAUGCGCUGGUGCUGGCCCUGCUCGGCUACUUCCUGCCGGCGCUGCUGGUGGCGGCGGCGAACGGGCGCAUCCUGGUGAUCGCGCGCCACCACCGCCACCGCAUCGUGUCGGCGCUGUGGGACGUGACAGUGUCCGCGCAGGCCACCGUCACGCCGCAGCGCUCGCACUUUUACCUCACGCGCUACCGGGGCCGCUCGGCCGCCAACACGGUGUUCCACUUCGUGGGCACGCUCUUCAUCCUGUACCUCCCCUCGGCGUGCUGCCUCCUGUACGAGGCCAUGGCGCGCGCGCGCGUGCCCGCCUCCGUCUCCGCCACCAACUUCGCGCUCCUGGCCUUCGCGCCCGCCGUCAACGGCUUCGUCUACGGCGUCAAGAGCAAGGUCCUCCGCAAGAACUUCAAGAACUUCCUGCGGAAGCGACUCUACCGCAGCGAAGUCAACUACGAGAUCCAGUCGCGUGUGCCCUCCGCGCCGGCCUCCCGCAGGCCCUCCAUCACCCCCUCCAUCUCCCUCCCGCUCCAGCAGAAGCUGCAGCGCCGCAUGUCGGAGAUCCUGAUCCAGCCGGCGUCCGCGUCGACGCCCACCGACGCCAGCGCCUAAGCUCGUGCGCCGCUCGUCCGAGCUCAGCUUCCGGCCGCGCGGCUCCACGUCCUCCAUCACGCGCGACGUCGGUUCCUUCCGCCCCGGUGGCGACCCGCACGCCC